AUGGGCUACAUGAGGGAAUGUGGUCUGGAAAGGGUGAUGCGCGACUUGAGGAUCUUUCGCAUAUUUGAAGGCGCAAAUGAUGUCUUACGACUAUUCAUUGCGUUGACCGGGAUGCAGUAUCUUGGCAAGCAUAUGGAGUACAAUAUGAAAAAACUUCGUGCUGGAAAUAUUGGCGUGCUUUUUGAAUCCAUUUUUCCAAGGAAUAAAUUUGACUUCAAUGUUCAUCCCAGCCUAGCCGAUGCUGCCAAAAGGCAAUGGGAAUUGGUACGACUAGCCGACGCAGCCAUUGAUAUAUACAGCACGGCGGCGGUUCUGUCACGAUGUAGUCGUGCUGCAGCUCUGCAACAGUCUGCUUUCGACUGUGAACGAAAAUUGGCUGAAUUGUAUACCAAACAG